AAACCAGAGAAGGUAGAAAAAGAAUGAAAUACAGUAAAAGAAAUGAAGAAUGAGAGCAAGGAGGAGCAGUGCGAAGAAGAGGCAAGAACACCCCCAGACUGACCAAAGCCCAUGCACCACUGCACCACUGUGUCCAGCACCUAUGUCCCACUACUGUUGCCACCAUGCCCAAAAGAAAAGCUGAGAAGAAUGCUAAAGGAGAUACAGCCAACAUGAAGAAUGAACCACAGAGAAGAUUCACAAUGUUAUCUGCUGAACCUUCUUCUCCAAAGCCAGAACCCAGACCUAGAAAAGCCCCUUCAAAGAAAGGAAAGAAGGUACCCAAAGGGAAAAAAGGAAAAGCUAAUGCUAGCAAGGAUGGGAACAACCCUGCAGAAAAUGGAGAUGCAAAAACAGACCAGGCACAGAAAGCUGAAGGUGCUGGAGAUGCCAAAUAAAAUGUGUGCAUUUUUGAUAACUAUAUAUUUCUGGUGACUUUAGAGUUUGAAAUACUAUUUUUAUCAGGUUUUAUAAAAAUGUAGGAUUUUGUUUUACCUUUUUUUGAGCUAUGUUAUUAGCAUACAGAACACUUUGUUGUUUUUUGAGGAAGGGCAUAUGUCACUAAUAAAAUGUCUCUGAAGCUGGACUGACAUCAGGGAAAAACAUCUUUCCUUUCUAGUUUUGAGAGACUUCCUUUUAGUUCCCAGAAGGAAGGAUUCUUUGAUGUUGACACAAAUUGGCCACCUUGGCACAAAUGCCUUGUGGUGUGGAAAAAUGAAGAUUUGUUUUUAAGUCCUCUUCUUCCUCUCCAUCUUCAUCAUAGACUUGACCCCCUUAAACUCAGAGACCUGUUGGCACCUGACCCAAAAAAAUUGUUUACAAAUAUGUCAGGUAAUCUGGACUUUCCAGUGUCACCAUUGAGAUGGCAUCCCUCAAAUGAGCAGCCUAUCCUUUUUUAGAUUGCACAGCUGAGGAAAUCAGGCACUCACUCACUACUCUUCCUUUCCCCCAAGGAAGAGGUUGCCUCUGAUUAUUUCAGCCCCAUGCUAUUCUGUCUUAAGGGAGGGGAAGUGCUGGCAAAUUUCCUCUUACUUCAGAUUGAUAAUUCUCCCAUUUUCAUUUCGUUUCCUGAAAGUCAAAGUUGGCUUGUGAAAAGUUGUUAAACAACAUGCUAAAUAUGAAAUGUUAACCAUCACUCUAAACUUUCCCUGUUCGGAGUGUCAAAUGAGGACUUCAUUGGGUUUUAUAGUGGCUUUCUAAUUUUGGUAGUCCAUUGAAGAAGGGAGUUUGAAAGUUGUUGUAUACUACUAAUGAUUGUCUGCCCAUGACCUGCCUGAAAUACCAUGAUUGUUUAUAAAAAGUGUCUUUAAUAAAGCUGGAAAAAAGAGAAUGAGGGCAAGGAAUAGAAAGUAGUAACGAAUACAGUAGACAUCAAUAAUUACAUCAGAGGCCAGCCUGGUGGUGCAGUGGUUAAGUUCGCACAUUCCUUUUCA